CCCACCGGGAGAGAUCGAACCUCUGGACAACAACAGUGUCACGUCACCCUGAUCAACCUGAGCCAGACACACACGAACAUGGAGGACGACGUCUUAACCACGCUUAAAAUAUUAAUCAUCGGAGAGAGUGGAGUUGGAAAGUCCAGUUUACUCCUGAGGUUUACAGAUGACACAUUCGACCCAGAAUUAGCUGCAACUAUUGGUGUGGACUUCAAAGUGAAAACUAUAGCGGUAGAUGGUAACAGAGCAAAGCUGGCGAUAUGGGACACAGCCGGACAGGAGAGGUUCCGAACCCUGACGCCCAGCUACUACAGAGGAGCACAGGGUGUCAUAUUAGUGUACGACGUGACCAAGCGGGACUCGUUCACGAAGCUGGAGAACUGGCUCAGUGAGCUGGAGACGUACUGCACACGCAACGACCUGGUGAAGAUGCUCGUCGGAAACAAAAUAGACAAGGAGAACCACGAGGUGGAGCGGAGCGAAGGCCUCAAAUUCGCCCGGAAACACUCCAUGCUGUUCAUCGAGGCGAGCGCUAAGACGCGGGACGGGGUCCAGUGUGCCUUCGAGGAGCUGGUGGAGAAGAUCCUGCAGACUCCGGGCCUGUGGGAGAGCAGCGCUCAGAACCAAGGCGUCCAGCUCCGAGAACAGCAGCUGAACGAGCAGGGUCACGGCGCCUGCGGGGGGUACUGCUCCCUCCUCUAACUCCCACGAUUCCAGCGGACUCAGACGCCAGACGGCUUCCGAAGGAGAGGGCCGACCGGCACAGCGAAGGACUUCCGUAUUCACGCCGCCCCGCCUUCUGUAACACGUGUAAUUUAUUAUAGAGCCGCAUUAAUCGUGUAUUAUAGGAACCAUCCUGGUCCCGGCUCAGGUCCUGUCUUUCACUACGUCACUUUUGCUCGAGCCGGACGCCCCGGGCUGACAUCAUUCCGUCUCUGUGGCAUGAUAGUUAAAUAUUUGGGUUAAUUUACUCUCCGGGAGAACAGGUCUAUAUGAAACGCACAUCCUACAGUUUAUUGCUCUCUAAUAUACUCUGUUAUUCUAUAUUUUUAUUAUUUCAGCAAGUACGAAUGUUUUAUCUGGACAGCAAGCACCGUCCUAUUUGCUCUUUUUAUAAUAUGUACUCUCACCUAGCAUGUUCUUCAUAAAUAUCCCCAAAUGUUCCAUAUAAAAUGUGUUUUGGCUUCUUUUUGUUCUCUUUUUAACAAUUAAACACAAUUUUUGACUGUA